AUGGAGAUAGAACUGGGAACGACUCACGCGCACACUUACGGCGUUGGCUUUGUCACUCCGGAGGGCAAUCCCCGAUGGCCGCAGUCCAUGGAAUUUCCCCGUGCUGUCCGAAGAGUUACUCGUCAACCGUCUCCGCUCCGCAUCUUUACAUUCGACAGUCUUCUAUUCCAACCGGAUGGGGCAAAUGCACAAGUACAAAGCUUACCUCAAACGAAUGUUGUAGUGUCAGUUGAGGUUGGUAAUGACGUGACUCUGAGUUGUUCCUGUCAGACAGAAAUGGCCAUGCACUAUUCAUGGUAUAAACACGUCUGGGGGCAAAAACCCCAGCUCAUAUCAACCAUCUACAAAUACGAUACUCAAGCCAUGUUUUAUAAUGAGUUUGAGGAUAAUCCUCGAUUCACUGUGCAGAGAGGUGUAGACAUAAAUCAUCUGAGGAUUUCAGAGGUUCAGUCUGAAGAUGUAGCUACCUACUACUGCGGUGGUGCUCACUCUAAUGUUAUUGAAUUUGAUGUGGGGAUAGACCUUAUCGUGAAAGAGGCCAAAACCGAAGGCUUUGUGGUUCAACAGAAUUCCGCAUCUCAGCUUGUGAAGCCUGGAGCCAAUGUAACCCUGCAGUGUACCAUUCAUCCAAUGGGAGAGAGCUGUGCAGGACAACACCAUGUUUAUUGGUUUAGACAAAACCCUGAACAGUCAUAUCCUGGAAUCAUUUACACCUAUGAAAACUCGAGUGAUCAGUGUGAGAGGAGCUGUGUCUACAACCUCCCCAAAAGGAACAUCGGCCUCUCAGAUGCUGGAACUUAUUACUGUGCUGUGGUCACAUGUGGGAAGAUACUGGUGGGGAAUGGAACAAGAGUGGAUACUCAAGAUACAGGUAUGCAUCACUCAGUGUAG